AUGACAUCCAGAAAGCCUAUUUCGUGGUUCUUAACUGACCAAGGUCGCAAAUUUUCUUUUUUUGUUGUGACAAGCACCGGUAUUGCACUUACUGCGGCUAAAUUUACUCCUCAUACACUAUUAAUAAGCAAAUAUAAAGAUUUUGUACACCACUACAGUGAUGGUAAACCAGUUGAUCUCCCAACAGAUCUACAGAAAAAAUGUGAGAAAUGUUUAGAUCUUCUACAAAUUAAAGACGUACAAAGGAAAUUGAUUCAACCAUUUAGUGUGUUUGGUUUCGAUUUAUUUCAUGCCGGUAGCACUAGCUCUAAAUUUGGUGUAUUAAUAGGAAUACCAAUUAAUUUCACAUACUAUUCAUUAGAUGAUGUUGAUAAACAGAAAAUACAGAUUAACCAACAAAAUUUGGAUUUGGCGUCAGAAGUUGGGAGAAAAUUAGGAGAGUCUCUUAUUUUACCAGAAAAAGCAAAGGAAUUCGCAAUUUGCAGAGAAAUAUUAAUGACUCAAAAUAACAAAGUUAUGUUUGAAUCAACUUAUCCAUUUAUAACUUUGUUUUUUGCUUAUAGUUUAUCGCAAUAUUUGAAUAGGAGACUUAAUUUAUAUGUAGCACCACAAGCUUUAAGAGGAAUAUUAUAUUCAAUAAUUGGGUUUUUUAGUAUAGGUUCAUAUUUUCUUUUUAAAGAUAUGACAGAAGUACAUUAUGAGACACAAGUAGAUAAGAAGUUGUGUGAGCUUGGACCAGAAUACAUUGAAGGUGGUAUAAUAUUUUAUGAAAAAUUGUUACAAAGAAACCAAGCUUUAAGAGAACUAAUGGGGAAUGAGGGACAAAAGAAGUAUACCAAAUUGGGCAAUGAAAAUUAUAGCUUAAGACAGCCACAUAUAGCACUGAUUCAUAGGAAACAGUUCUUCGAAUAUAAAUUAAAAGAGAUAAAGGAACUUGAUCAUGAUGAACCUUUAAUGGAAGAAAAAGCU